GAGAGAGAGUUCGCGUGCUCUAAAUCCAGGAUUCUUUUCCUCUGUUCCGCGACGGUUCACCUAACUAUCCAAUUGAAUGGGAAACUCGUUUGGAUGUUCAGCGUCUGGUGAGAGAUUGGUAUCGGCGGCGAGAGAUGGUGAUUACGUGGAGGCGAAGAUGCUGCUCGAUUGCAAUCCUUGUCUCGCAAAGUACUCUACUUUCGGUGGUCUCAAUUCUCCUUUGCAUUUCGCAGCCGCUAAAGGCCAUAACGAGAUCGUUGGGUUGUUGCUGGAGAACGGAGCUGAUGUGAAUUCCAGAAACUAUUGCGGCCAGACAGCAUUGAUGCAAGCAUGUAGAUACGGACAUUGGGAAGUUGUGCAAACUCUUCUGCUCUUUCGUUGCAAUGUUACAAGAGCUGAUUAUUUAGCUGGAAGAACAGCGCUUCAUUUCGCUGCUGUGAAUGGUCACGUCAGGUGUAUUAGACUCGUCUUGGCUGACUUUGUACCUAGUCAGAAACUUAACCCUCUUCCUCAGACUGGUGUAAUCACGCCGAGGAACAAAUCUGAGCAAAGUGCAUUGUCUAAGUUUGUGAACAAGGCGGCUGACGGUGGAAUCACAGCUCUUCACAUGGCUGCCUUAAACGGAUUAUUUGAUUGUGUUCAGCUUUUGCUUGACCUUGAAGCUAAUGUUUCCGCCGCGACAUUUCAUUAUGGAACAACAAUGGAUAUGAUUGGAGCAGGAAGCACACCGUUGCACUAUGCCGCUUGUGGUGGGAAUCUAAAAUGUUGUCAGAUUCUCCUUGCAAGAGGUGCAAGCAAAAUGACAUUGAACUGCAAUGGGUGGCUACCAAUUGACAUAGCACGUAUGUGGAGUCGCCAUUGGUUAGAACCGUUUCUUUCACCAGACUCUGAUGUCGUCAUUCCAGGGUUCCCUCAUUCCAACUACUUAUCAUUACCUCUUUUGAGUAUACUCAACAUCGCAAGAGAGUUCGGAUUGCAGUCAGCAACCAUCACAGAUGAGGUUGAUAUCUGUGCGGUUUGCCUGGAAAGAACAUGCACUGUUGCUGCUGAAGGUUGUGAGCAUCAGCUAUGUGUCAGAUGCGCGUUAUAUCUUUGCUCAUCAAGGAACGUUCCCUCUGUGACAGUUGAUCCGCCCGGUUCAAUUCCUUGUCCUCUUUGCAGACACGGCAUAGUCUCUUUUAAACGUCUCCCAAGCUCCAUGACAAGAGAAAUGAAGUUACCUAUGUCACUUGGGUUAUGUGCGCCGUGUAUGCUUCACACAAGUGACGCAACAGAUCAAUCAUCACCAACAACAGAGCAGCCACAGCGUAGUUGCAAGACUCGGACACCCUCGGUUUCAUCUGAUAUGUUCUGUCCUGUAACAUGUAGUCCAUUCCCUUCAGUCAACAUUCCAAUGUGCACAUGCAAUGAUGGAACGUGUCCAAACUUUGAGACACAUGGAACAGAGAGAAAUGGCGAAGAACAUGACGAAUCUUCUCCUCCUCGGGCAAUGACCGAGCAGGAGAAGAUAGGAGAAGGGCAAAGACUUGGGAAGACAACAACUUGCUCAAGCAUGUUCUGGGGGAGAAGAAGCUGUAGCAGAGAGAACCAAUGCAACUCUGAGAUCAAUGCCUGAUCACAUUGUACAGUGUGAGAGAGAGGGAGAGAAUAAAUGUCUCCCACAGUCUUGUUUGUUUCGACUUUUGAGAGGCUUCAGAUAUAAAUCUAUGGUGGGAGAUUUGUAAAUUAUCAUUAUUAAUGAUGGGGACAUUUUCUUUCCCAGCUUUAUUGUAAUACUAUAUUUGUAGAUUGAUUUAUUGUUCAAUCAUAUCUUAGAUUAGUAUCA